AAAGGUCACUUACUCGGUGUUGUCUCUUCUCAUAACCAAAUGACGAAACACAGAAGAGUGUGAGAAAGUGCUUUCAACUGCUCCUUUCUAAAGCAAGAGACAACAAAAUAUCAGUUAUUUCCAACCAAAUCACAUUCCCAACUUUUCUUCAUUCUUCAUUCUAAUUUUGCAAACUCAAUCUCCGAUUCUGAUCCUCACACCAUUCAAAAUAAGAAAUGUUUGUGAAGAAACUAGUAGAGAAAGCUUCCAUCAAGAAGACUGGUGGAAAUUCAUCGGAUGGAUUAAAGGCUAGUGAUGUAGAUCCACGGUUGGUAUUUCAUCAUGGAGUGCCAUCUGGUGGUGCCAAUUUCGCCUACGACACCAUUCAGAGGAUACUGGCGAUUUCUACAAAGGAUGGACAGAUUAAACUCUAUGGAAAAGAUAAUGCUCAAGCCAUGCUUGAAUCUAGUGAAGCCCAACCUAGCAAGUUUCUACAGUUCAUCCAGAACCAAGGUGUACUUAUAAAUGUUACUUCCAAUAACCAUAUUGAGGUUUGGGACAUCGACAAGAAAUCGCUGUCUGAUGUGUAUAUUGCUAAAGAAGAAAUCACUUGCUUUGCAGUUAUUCAACAUAGCCUCUAUAUGUACAUAGGACAUUCUAAUGGUGAUAUUUCAGUUUUGAUGCUUGAUCAAGAACCAUCAUGUCAUUUGGUUAAGAUGAAAUACACCAUACCUCUCUCAGCUUCCUAUGGUAACUCUGAAGUGUCUGAUGAUACUGUUGUGACACACAUACUGCCUCAACCAGCAGCUGAAAGUAAGAGGGUUCUCAUAAUCUUUAGAAAUGGUCAAAUGAUAUUAUGGGAUGUUCAGGAAAGUAGAGUUAUUUUAAGAAGUGGUGGAAAUAUGUUGCAGCUGCAUAAUGAAACAAAAAAAGUGAGUUCGGCAUGUUGGGUGUGUCCAUAUGGAAGUAAAGUAGCUGUAGGGUAUAACAACGGAGAGCUCUUCAUUUGGAGCAUCCCUUCUGUAAAUAUUGGAAAUGCCUCAUCAUCUGAAUGUAGUUCUCAAAACACUCCAUUUCUCAAACUUAACUUAGGAUAUAAGUCAGACAAAAUCUCCAUAGGAUCAAUAAAAUGGGUUUAUGCUGGAGGAAAGGCUAGUCGACUAUAUGUUAUGGGAGCUUCUGACUAUGCUAUUGCAAACUUGGUGCAGGUAGUGUUGCUGAAUGAGAAUACAGAAUCUCGCACAAUUAAACUCGGACUUCAUCUCUCUGAAUGUUGUACUGACAUGGAGAUCAUAUCAUUAACUUCACCUGAGCAAAGCAAGCAUAAACAAGAUUCUUUCAUUUUGCUUGGGAAGUCAGGCCAUCUAUAUUUGUAUGACGAUAGUUUGAUUGAGAAGUAUCUGCUACAAUGCCAAUCUAAGUCCACGCCUUCACUUCCAAGGGAAGUAACUGUGAAGUUACCACUGAUAGAAUCAAGCAUCACAACAGCAAAAUUCAUCUCCAACAAUUCUAAUGUGUUUAAUUUUGAAGAUGAGUACUACACACAGCUGUUCAAAAGCUAUCCAUUGUUUGUUCCUGUUGAAACAAAUCAGAAGGAUGGAAUUAGCCUAAGUUCGGCCAAAUUUACUGGAUUUUCCAAAGUUCAAAACUUGUACAUAACUGGACACAGCAAUGGAGCCAUAACCUUCUGGGAUGCUUCAUGCCCCAUUUUCGUUCCGAUUUUGCAAUUGAAGCAACAGAGUGAAAAUGACUGUUCAUUAAGUGGGAUACCAUUGACAGCAUUAUACUUUGAUAGCAACUCUCCAGUUCUUGCUUCUGGUGACCAAAGUGGAAUGAUUUGCAUCUUUAGAUUCAAACCUGAACCAUAUGCAACUAACAGCUUCAUGUCUCUUACUGGGGGUGCAAAGAAAGGAACUGAUCAUAUAAUCCAAAGUGUGAAACAUGUAAAGAGUACUGGUGCCAUUAUUUCAAUGAACAUGGAUCCCAGUUCAAUGCAUCUUGCUGUUGGCUCUGAUCAAGGACAUGUUUCAGUUUUUAACAUAGAUGGGCCAACUUUGUUAUACCAGAAACAUAUUGCAAGUGAAAUUUCUGCUGGUAUCAUCUCUCUGCAGUUCCUAACCUGCAGUUUACAUGGUUUUGAAAAAAACAUUUUGGCAGUUGGAACAAAAGAUUCAUCUGUUAUGGCACUAGAUAAAGAAAAUGGAAACACACUAGGAGGAAAUAUUUGUCCCAAGAAGCCCUCUAAAGCUCUAUUUAUGAACGUUUUGGAUGGACAAGGUGAACAGGUCAAAGGAUCAAUUACAAAAGAUGGAUUAGACUUGAGCGAAAGGAACCAUAUUGAUGAUGCAACAACGAAACAGCAGUAUAUUCUGCUUUGUUCUGAGAAAGCUUUGUAUGUAUAUUCAUUGGUGCAUGCGAUUCAGGGAGUUAAAAAGGUGCUAUACAAGAAAAAGUUCAAUUCUUCAUCAUGUUGCUGGGCAUCAACAUUCUACAGCCAUUCUGAUGUUGGCGUCGUACUUAUUUUCACUACUGGAAAAGUAGAAUUAAGGUCUUUGCCAGAGUUAUCCCUGGUUAUGGAGACUUCAAUUAGAGGUUUCAGUUACUCUCCUCCAAAAUCAAAGUCAUUUUCUGAGAGCCAGAUAUGUUCUUCAUCCAAAGGAGAUCUUGUUUUGGUGAAUGGUGACCAGGAAAUUUUUGUUGUCUCAUUGUUGGUCCAAAGGAAUAUUUUCAGGCCUUUGGACUCUAUUAGCUGCAUCUACAGAAAAGGAAUGAUGCUUUCACAAGAAGAGCUGGUCCCUAGCCCAGUCAUAAAUAAGGAAAAGAAAAGGGGUAUAUUCAGCUCUGUCAUCAAAGAUUUUACUGGCAGUAAAGAAAAACAUGCUCCAAUCUUGGAAACUGAAGAUUCUAAAGAAAGUAUCCAGAAACUCUCAGCUAUCUUUUCAACUGAAAAUUUUCCAUGUGAUGCUGAUAAUAAUGAUAAUCUGACUGUUGAUGAAGAUGAGCUUGAAUUAAAUAUAGAUGACAUUGACCUAGAUGAUCAUGAAGAAAAACGCAAAGAUCAAGGUAUAUUGGGAGGUUUUAACAAGAAGAAAUUGCCUGCAAAGUUUCUGGCUUUGAAAGGAAGGUUAAAAGAGAUGAAGGGCAAAAUCCAGAAAACAUCGGGUAAAGAAGAACCACAAGAUGAGCAAGCUGGUGCAGUCGAUCAAAUUAAGAAGAAAUAUGGGUUUUCCUACUCCAAUGAAACAAGCGCUGCUAAAUUGGCACAAAGCAAGUUGCAGGAGAACAUGAAAAAGUUACAGGGAAUCAACCUCCGAACAACAGAAAUGCAAGAUGAAGCAAAAUCGUUUUCAUUAUUGGCAAACCAUGUACUGCAGACUGCUGAACGGGAAAAAAAGAAUUAAGAGCAUCUACUCACCGAUUGAACCACAAAUUUGCGUUAUACAUUUGUAAUGUGUUUAGCUUAGUUGUAUUUAUAUUUUUUCUAACGACGGAAGACCAAAUUAUUGAAGUUUUGGAUUUAUAUUGAGUAAUGUAUAUAAACCUACCAUUUUUCCUCUUAAAUAAUGAAUCGAUCUGUUAUGACUCGGCCAA